AUGAGUUUUUUCAGCAGGUUCACUAGAAGGUCUGCCCUAUCCCUGAGGGCCUUUGGUGCCUCGCAGAUUUUAAACCCCAUUUCGAUUAACAACACGUCGAGGAAGUUCCUGCAUCAGUCGACGAUUUUGAACGCUACAUUGAACCAGAUUAAACGUGGUGCUAAACAACCUCCUAGAAACAAGAAGGUCUCGAUGGCACCUGAUUUGGAGAAUUGUCCGAUUAGAAAAGGUGUUGUACUCAGAGUCAUGGUAUUGAAACCCAAGAAACCUAAUUCAGCCCAACGUAAAGCUGCGAGAGUGAAGCUAACUAAUGGGAACGUCGUCUCCGCAUACAUCCCCGGUGAAGGUCACAAUGCCCAAGAACAUAGCAUCGUUUACGUAAGAGGAGGACGUUGUCAAGACUUGCCAGGUGUGAAGUAUCAUCUAGUGAGAGGCGCUGGAGACUUGAGUGGAGUCGUGAACCGCAUCACAUCAAGAUCAAAGUACGGCGCUAAGAAACCAGCAGCCCAGAAAGCCGAGUGA